AUGCCACUCGAAGGUUGCCAAGUGAAUAAUUUUCAAAUUAUAAGACAGAUAGGUUCUGGUGUUUAUGGAUUGGUAUUUCAUGUAUACGAUUCAGUAACAAAAUUUGAAUUUGCUAUGAAAGUUAUACUUAAAUCUUCAAUAGAUUCAUUUUUAGAGACUUAUUCAAAGGAAGAAAGUGAAAAAAGAAAUUUGGAAUUACAACAAGAAUUAAUACUUUUCUUUCAAAAUAAUAAUAAUAAAUUAAAUAUCCCUGCGGUAGAUUUACAAUCUAUUAAAGAUCUAACACCUGAUCAAUUAUUAAGAAUUCCACAAUAUAAUGAAAUUUGGAUGCAAUUACAGGUUCAUUCUCAUAAAAAUGUAGUCACAGUUUAUCAAGUAUUAGAAAGUUCUGUUGCUACAUUUCUUAUAAUGGAUUAUUAUCAAACUGAUCUCUUCAAUUCAAUCGUUCAUUUGAACACUUUUAACAAUGAUAGUAAUUUAAUUAAGAAAGUCUUUUUACAAAUUUGUUCAGCUGUUAAAUAUUGUCAUGAAAAUGGAAUUUAUCAUUGUGAUAUUAAACCUGAAAAUGUCGUUUUAGAUUCGGAAAAUAAUGCAUAUUUAUGUGAUUUCGGUUUGUCUACGACAACUCCUCAUUUAUCUCCAAAUACUAAUGUUGGCAGUACUUAUUAUAUUGCUCCUGAAAAAAUCUUAUAUUUUAAUGAUUGUACUUCACAAACUGCGAAAUUACCUACUAAUUCAGGUGAUGUAUGGUCUCUGGGUAUUCUAUUGAUUAAUUUGAUCUGUAUCAGAAACCCAUGGUUGAAAGCUCAUCAAACUGAAGAUAAAACGUUCUACCAUUUCGUUAAAGAGCCUAAGGUGUUACAAAAAAUACUACCAUUGUCUGACGACCUUUAUAAACUUUUGGUAAAAGUUUUGCAAAUCAAUCCAUAUAAAAGAAUAUCCGUUGACGAGCUGAUGAUGGAAGUACGUUCCAUUAAAUCGUUCACUAAUGAUAACGGCCCGUUAAGUGUUGUUUCCGAAUACAACGAAAACAUUGACGAUACUUUAAUGUAUUAUUCUACCAUUACUGCUGCUGCAGAUGAUAAUACAAACGCCAAUUAUUACAACUACCUAUCAGAUGAUGGUGAGGACGAGGAAGAAGAUGUAGAUGUAGAAGAAGCAAUCAUAAAUAAUGAUGCUAUUAAACAACCUCAAGCUCAUCAUAUCGAAGAUACCUCACUGUUAUAUCAAAGUUCUAAAGAUAUAAAUAGUUGUGUUACGUUAGGCGAUAAGACAUUAGAGAUUGAACCAAAUUUUAAAAGUGCCGUCAGUAUGAUGGCUUACACAGGACUUUCAUCAGACGCUACUAUUUGUGGAUCAGAUACUAGCGAUUAUCCAUCUAUUUUCCACGAGGAACAAAAAAAUUCUUCCUCCAUUAACGAUACAGAAGACAUACGAUUAAAUAUGUCCUCUACUUAA